AUGUCGUUUUUAAACAUAUUUAAGAAGAAACAAACCCAAACCAAUUCUUCCGAAUCGUCGUACGCAAGUAACUUCAGUGAUGAAGUGUCGGGCGAUUAUGUGAUAAAGAAGUCGCGGAAACCAGUCGUCCAGGACGCCGAAACGUUGUGGGAUUGCAGAGACCGAAUGUUAUUGAAUUUGCGCAAGAUAAAGACAGGGGUCGGUGAAGAUGAAGCUAAAAUUCUACCAGAGGAUUCACCUAUAAUUGUUGAAAAAUUUCAGCCGGACACUACAAUAGUGGACAUGAAGGGUAGUAAUGUAUCGAGUCAGACAAUCGAUCAGUCAACGGGGACGUCCACAGUUACAGACAACCCAACGACUGACAAAAGCCAACAGAUGAGCAGUCGUACUUCGAGUAUAGUUGUAGAAUGUCAGCCGGACACCACAACAGUAGACUUGCAAGGUAGUGUUUCGAGUCAGACAAUCGAUCAGUCAAUGGUCGAGGCGGUGGUUACCUACAAGCCAACGGCUGACAACAGUCAACAGAUGAGCACUAAAAGUAGCAUAAAAUGCGUUGCAAAAAAUACGGAAAUUCAGAUAUGUAACGACACGGUGCAGGUUAUGUGCAAGUUAUCGGCUGACAAGAGCCAACAGAUAAGCACCGAAAGCAGCAUAAAACACGUUGAAAAAAAAACGAAACUUCCGCCUGUGAUUGAACCGCAGAAUAUUGAAUGGGAUGAAAAUUGUAUGACAAUGAAAGAAUAUAGCGCGUAUAACUCUAUGGUGGACAAGCUGUGUCAAGUGCAGACGAAUACGAAAUAUCCCAAAAACGUCAAGAAUAGAGUAUUUGCACCGGUAAGCUGCAAUUUGGUGUAACACCGUAUGUAAUACUCAUGUGGGCUUUAAAUGUCAUAUAAGAUA